AUGGAAAAGACGGCUGUUGCUACGUCCGGCCCGCCUAAAAACUUUGCCUCGGGCCACGGCAUCCUCUGCGCUGGCCUCCCGCGGAGCGGCACGGCGUCGCUGAGCAAGGCGCUCGAGAUGCUGGGCAUCACGCCCGUCCACCACGUCAUGAAGCUCAACGACUGGCCGCAGCUGUACGCCUGGGGCCGGGCCGCGUGGUGCCACUUCCCCUACCUGCGCGAGCACCGCCUCUUCCGGGCCUUUUACCUGUCGCCGUACGACCCGCUGCUGCCGUGGUCGCGCGGCGACUGGGACCGGCUCAUCGGGCCGUACCGCGCCGUCACCGACGUGGCCGCCUACUUUGGCAAGGAGAUUUACUGCGCGUACCCCGAGGCCAAGGUGAUCCUCGUCGAGCGCGACUACGCCAAGUGGGCGCAGAGCUACAGCGUCUUCACCGACUCGUGGCUCUACGGCAUCUGGGACCUGCUUUGCUUCCAGCUCGCCACCUGGGUCGGCCUCGGCUUCGUCAUCGGCAUCAGCGACGUCUACACGGGCUGGAUGGGCGCCCGCACCGGCGGCCAGGCCAAGAAGCGCCUCCGCGCGCUGCACGCCGAGCACUACGCCAAGAUGCGCGCCACUGUCCCGGCCGACAACCUCCUCGACUUUCGCCUCGAGCAGGGGUGGGAGCCGCUCUGCAAGUUCCUCGACGUGCCGGUGCCCGAUGUGCCCUUCCCGCACAUCAACGAGCGCAGCGAGGUCCUCGAGUUCCGCAACGGCACUAUCGAAGCUGUCCUGACCUGCCUGGCCAUUCGUCUCGGCAUCAUUGCUCUGGGAACGGCUGCCCUCGUCGGUGCCGUCAAGGGCGCUUCCGCUUUCGGCGUCUUUACCGUCCUCGGAGGAUACAAGGACGCUCUGUUCCACUUCCUCCUCAAAUAA